AGAUGUCACAAAGACCAUGUACCCUCCACCAGUUACCAGCAGUGUCCAACUGUCCAGGAAUCCUGAUGGGAAAAAACUGGACCUUAUCUGCGAUGCUAUGAGAGCAGCCAUGGAGAACAUAAAUCCUCACAAGUACUGCCUGUCAAUACUCACAUCUCAUGUGAAGAAAACAACCCCAGAACUGGAAAUUGUGCUGCAGAAGGUACACGAACUUCAAGAAAAUGCUCCAUCUGUUCCUGAUGCUGUGAGUGCUGAAGAGGCCCUGAAAUAUUUGCUGCUUCUGGUAGAUGUUAAUGAAUUAUAUGAUCAUUCUCUUGGGACCUAUGACUUUGAUUUGGUCCUCAUGGUAGCUGAGAAGUCACAGAAGCAUGCCAAAAGCAUGGGCUACCGAAAGGCAUUAUCUGCUAUCAGUAUAGAUAUUCGCACUUUUGUUUUCAGCCAAUUGACGUGCUCUGGUUAG